AUGAUGAUCUCCGGAGCCGGAGGCGAAGUUAAACCAUCGCAUAAAAAGAAGACUCCUCCGCAAUGUGAUGAGUCGUCAUCGUUCUCGCCACUUCCAUACGAACUCAUUGUAGAGUGCUUCGCACGUAUCUCUAAAUCGCAUUACCCUUCACUCUCACUCGUCUCCAAAACCUUUCACUCUCUCCUCUCUUCACCGGAACUCUACGCCGGCCGAUCUAAAACCAACGAUAUCUGUCUCUACAUUUGCUUACGCUUACCUAAACGUCCAUGUCCUCGCUGGUUUAGUCUUUGGAUUAAACCUAACCGGACACCAACCAAGUCAAGCGGAAAUUUCAUGGUUCCGAUUUCAUCUAGUUCUGAUUCUCUUCCGGCAUCAAAGUCCACCGUGGCGAUGGGUUCGGACAUCUAUGCAAUCGGUGGAACUGUCGCGCCCUCUUCUGCGGUUAGGAUAUUUGAUUGUCGGAGGCACACGUGGCGUGACGCACCUAACAUGAUGGUUGCUAGAAGUAACCCGGUGGCAUGUGUCCUCGGUGACAAAAUAUACGUAAUGGGAGGUUGUGAAGGAUCAGACAAGUCCACAGAUUGGUCGGAGGUAUUCGACACAAAGACACAAACUUGGCGACUAAUACCGAAUCAUGACGCUGAGGCAAAGGAAGACAAUGUAAUGUACUGUCGAUGUGGCUCGGGGUAUAUCAUGUGGUAUGACUCAGUUGGUGAAAAAUGGAGAUAUGUUCAAGGUUUGGAUAAACUGAUGAAGUACAAUUAUAGUAGAUCAUGCCGUCUGAUAGAAAUAGUUAACUGUGGUGGAAAAAUCGCAUUUAUGUGGGAAACGUGUGUGCUAUCGAGACGCUGUCCUAACAAGAAAAUUGUGUGCGGGAUGGUUGCGUUUGAAAGACUUCAAAAUGAGAUUUGUGGGAAGAUUAAGUGGUUGCAUGGUGUUCAUACACUCCCCAACUCAUAUAAGGUUUUGCGUUGUCUAGCUGUUUCAGUUUGA